CCGAGUCUGAGUCAUACUUCGAGGUCGAGGUGUCUGGGCAAGCGCAGCACGCAAAGUAUGAAGACAUAACACAUACAAAACUUAGCAAACCUUGAACCAUUAUAUAUUUACUGAAUUGUAAAUUACUGUUGCAGCCUAAUAAAAUAAAAAAAAAACAACUUGUACAGAUUUCGAAACGACACACUACACUGCUGGGUUAAUAGUAUUUUCUAUCGUCUUAUUUACCCCGAUUUGAUUCUCGCAUAACGCAGUUGGAUAAAAAGCCCGCACCACGAGUGAAUGAUGUAUCUAUCGAGUGAGCCACACAGCUGAGGGAGGCAAUUCCGCAUGACAUUUGAGACAGUGCGUAAGUUUCAGUUUCGUUUCAUCAGAAAAAAGGUUCGUGUUUACUCAAUAAGAGCAGGGUGACCAAGGGCGGUACUGCUAGCAAUCACAUUGUUUCGAACGUACCCUUUAACAGGUUUGCCUAAAAAUGUCUGCAUCCACUGUUACGAAAAUUCUGUGUUCCAAUAACGGGGCUCUGGAAUACAACGAAUUAGUCGCCAAUAUCGGGUCUGGUGGUAUCUUUGGUUCAAACAGUGUUUUGGAACAAACUUUGCAAGACCGGCAGAAGUUCGCAGUUGUUCAAGUCAACGGUACCAACAAAGUCAUUGCUAAAACCUCUGUCAGGCUUUGUAAAGCAAAGGAAUGCGAGAACUGUAAUAAUCUGCAUCUGUGCAAAUUCUAUCUGUUUGGGGAGUGCCAAUAUAACAGGGGCAGACGAAGAUGCCGCUUCUGCCAUGACUUGACCACGCAGCACAAUGCUCAAGUCCUGAGAGACCACGACCUCCAGGAUCUGGACAGGAAGGAACUCUGCCUGCUCCUGCUUCAGAACGACCAAACGCUGUUGCCACCGGUGUGUUUUUCGUUCAACAGAGGCAGUGGUCAGUAUGGCUCCUGUCCCGACCAGGCAAGCUGCACCCGGCUGCAUGUCUGUGAACAGUUCAUCAGGGGGCAUUGCAGACAGGGGGCCUUGUGCAGCAGGUCCCACAGCUUCCAUGACCCCGCCAUGCUGAGAAUCCUGAUGGACCGGGGGCUAACCGAAGAGCUGAUCAGCACUCUGUCGUCGGUCUAUCUGAACAUCCUCAACUUGAAGAACACCAGCUCGGCUGCCAGUGAUCACCAGGAUAAAACUGAGAUAUGCAUCUACUUUGUCAAGAAAGACUGCAAACAUGGAGGCCGGUGUUUCAAGGCCCAUUUCAACAUGCCCUACAAGUGGGAGGUGUGGACGGGGCUGAGCUGGUCAGCUCUGCCCAACAAUGAAGAGAUUGAAAAGGAGUUCUGUGACCCAGCCAACACAUGCAGCAGCGGCAAACCGCCUGUAGACUUCCUGACAAUGACCCAGGGAACAGCUAAAGUGCGGCGCCUCUCCACUAUCUCCUCCGUCACCAGACCUGACUUCAUCCUGACCACAACCUGGACCUGGUACUGGCAGGAUGAGUUUGCACAGUGGAUGGAAUACGCAGCCUCAAGUGACGUUCACCAUGCUUCAUCCGUCACAAGUGAAGACCUGGAGAAGAAAUACCUGGAAGACAGCAGCUCAGUGCUUCAGUUCACAGCAGGCCAUCAGGAGUAUGUGAUCUAUUUUAAAGACAUGAUCCAGGUGAACAAACGGUAUAAGACCGUGAAACAUGUCCGAAGGCGACCAGUGUUUGUCUCCAAAAGCGAUGCAGAGGCUAGAAAGAAAUGCAAAAAUGGACCCAAUAGGUCGUUUACUCCCAAUUUCAAAGCUGUUCCGACCUACUGGGAUAAAUCUCAGUUGCCUGAGACAGGAUACAAGAGCAUUGAGGUGCUGGAGUCUACAGAAGAACAUAACAAGGUGAAGAAUCUCUUCAAGAAGACCAUGUUCGGAUUCACCAUUAAGAAAAUUGAAAGAAUCCAAAACAAGUCUCUCUGGGAAAUCUUUCAAUGGCAAGCGGAGCAGAUGAAAAAGCACAAUAGAGGGAGGAAUGUCAAUGAGAAACUGCUGUUCCACGGCACAGACUCUGCUUACGUCGACGCUAUCUGCAAGCAGAACUUUGACUGGAGGAUCUGUGGGACACACGGAACCGCCUAUGGAAAAGGGAGCUACUUUGCACGGGACGCCAAGUAUUCUCACAACUACACCGGCUCUUCUUCUUCCAGAACCAUGUUUGUGACCCGGGUUCUGGUGGGCGAGUCAAUCAAGGGAAACUCUGCAUACCUUCGCCCUCCCUCCAAAGACGGCGGAGACACUAACUUCUACGAUAGCUGCGUAGACGAUCCCCUCAACCCUUCCAUUUACGUGGUGUUUGAGAAACAGCAGGUGUACCCAGAGUAUGUUAUACAGUACCAGGAAGUCAGUCCGGUACAGGCUGCAACACCUAGUUAUGUCAUGCAGCCAACGCCAGCUCCACAGCCUCAGCCAGUCUAUACAUACGUGAACACCCCAAGAGUGUCAGUUCCUCCGGCCACGACUUCAUUUACGUCUAAGCCAACUACAUACCGCUAUUUGCAACCUCCUCCCCCACCUCCAAAACCAAAAGAUUCAUGCACCAUCUCUUAGUCAUUUUUCCCUAUAUGAAUUAAAGAAAGAAACAAACCUUUUUGGAGAGCUUUGUAUCAUCAGGAUCUUCGUUGUAUCCCUGAUAUGUUUCCUAUUUUGUGUUCCUCAUCGUGUUUCUGCAUCAAGAAUUAUUUACCAGCUGACUAACUAAUCCAGCAAAAAAAAGUUAUUUGACCACUGUGUCUCCUUUUUAAAAGCUGGAUUUGUGAAUUGAGCUGCUUUGAUGCAAACAUCUCUAGUGGGGUGUACAGCUGUGCUUUUAUUCUCCUGUGUAACUAAUUUAAACCACCUUACGGCAGAAGUCCAGCUUUUAGGAGUGUUUUCAGAAGCAGGCCCUCAAGGUUGAAAAAAUAGUGAGCCUUGUAAAUGCUAAGAAAAAGAGAAUUACACAAUUAGUAGGAUAGUAAUUAGAGUCAAUGUAUGCAGUGUAGUUAAUUGGUGAUUUGAUCACAUCCAUCAACACAAGGCUCUCGGGCCACCAGCACCCAUGUCCUUUACACAGGCAUCAUUUGUCGGGACUCAGGUUUGCAGUUGUCUGCGUCUGUAGUUUUUUAAUUUAUUUUUUAAAUCACGCAGGUAAUACAGCUGCGUUGUGUGAGGUGCAAGCUUUGUAAGGAUUGGU